CACUAACCGCUCAGCUAAAGGGUCAGACCCGUUAGGACCAGCACCAUGAAAACUCGACUCGGCUGCCUGUCCAACAAGUCUGACUCCUACAGCGACUUCUCCGAGUUCCUGCCUCCUGCCCAGGAAACCGCAGCCAGGUGUCUAAAAGUGUCGACAGAUGAGGUUGUGCGAUGGUCGGAGUCUUUUGAUCUGCUUCUCUAUCAUAAAUAUGGCCUGGCUGCCUUCCGGGCCUUCCUCAAGACAGAGUUCAGCGAUGAGAACAUUGAGUUCUGGAUGGCCUGCGAGGAGUACAAAAAAAUCAAGAGCUCGGCUAAGCUUGUGUCCAAAGCCAACAAGAUCUACAGGGAGUUCAUUGAUGUUCAGGCACCCAGAGAGGUAAAUAUUGACUGCCGUACCAGGGAGAGGACCAAGCAGAGCCUGGAGGACCCCACCCCGGCCAGCCUCAACGAGAUUCAGGCCAAGGUCCAUAGCCUCAUGGAGAAAGACUCCUACCCAAGAUUCCUCAGGUCCAAGAUGUACCAGGACAUUCUCAACAGGACACAAGCACACAACCAACGGAGGUCCGUCUGACCCUUAUCUGACAUGGGCUGCAACGGACAUACGAUAUCCGUGGACCUGCAUAUCUGUCACAAACCCUCUUGAAAUCAUCUCUGAAUUUUACUGUGAAGUUCAAAGGAUUAAGCAUGGCAGGGAAAUAUGCCCAACUGUUUACCCUUAUCUGCACUAACAACAUGCAUGUAGUCCUUUUAGUUAACACAUGUGCGGCGAAAGGAGGAGGAUAAGGUAGUCAUGUUAUCUCUGCUUGCAUUCAGGUCUUAAUCAAAUAGCCACUAUUGUAUGCGGGUCACUAUACCUGUUGUGGUAGUUUGUGUGUUUUCCAAAAAAAAAAAACGGUAGAGUAAAUUAACACGAGUUUGCACGAGUUGCAAAUUUUCAUAUAGCUACACAACUGUUUGCAGUGUCCAUUCAGCAGUAAAUGUGAAGUAUGGUUGGGUGCAAUUUACUUUGAAUGCACUCUAUUCCAGGACGCAAAGGUUUUCUUAAUUAAAAAAAAAAAAAAAAACAGGAAACAAAAUGUGAUCUUAAAGAGUCAUAUGAUAUGAUCCAUGUGAAAGUGUCUAGGCACCUUACAUCCUCCACAACCAAACACUAUUAGCCUCUAGGUUUAGGUGAUACCACGCAAAAGUCAUGGCGGCGGAUCGUAACGCCGUGAUUCACAGCACAAUAACUAUAAUCACCGACCUCAAAGAAGGUUGAAUCAGUUCAUCUGGGUACAACGUUUAUCG